AUGGGCCUCGAUCUCCCGCCAUCUCUCCAGGAAGCUAUCAGGGUCGUGCAGCAGCUCUCCAAUGGGAAAGCACCCGGAUCGGACGCAAUCCCUGCUGAGGUCUACAAUCACGGCGAUCCCCAACUACUGGAUCACCUGGCUGCGCUCUGUCCGGAGAUGCGGCGUCAAGGUGAAGUCCCGCAGGAUUUCAAGGACGCAACCAUUGUGCAUCUCUACAAGCGUAAAGGGAACCGCCAGGUCUGCGACAGUUACCGUAGCAUCUCCUUGUUGAACAUCUCCGGGAAGAUCUUCGCUCGCAUCCUGCUCAAUCGUCUGAAUAAUCAUUUGGAACCGGGCCUUCUGCCGGAAAGCCAAUGCGGCUUCCGUCGUUAUCGCGGGACCACGGAUACGAUCUUCGCCGCCCGUCAACUUCAGGAGAAGUGCCAGGAGAUGCGGGCCCACCUGUACUCUACCUUCGUGGAUCUGACGAAAGCCUUCGACACGGUGAAUCGUGAAUGA